UGCAACGGCGGAUCAUUUUACCCUGAAGAAAUUAAUUUCCCGCUAUGCUUUCAGAAUUCUGUUCCUGAAUAGAGUUUGUCACUACUUUAACAGCUGACUGUAUAGGACACUUUCAGUUCAUGCCUGCAUACUGCCAACUCUAUUUAAAUUCGCAUGAGUCAUUCGCUUCAGUUUCAGAAGUUCCAACAGGUCUACGGGCUGUUUCCUGAUCACGUCACAGAUCCCGGAGGGUUAAAGCUCUGAAUCGUGUCGCUUUGACUCCAGUUUAGGUAUACCUCUACGGAAAGGAAGUGGCACGGUCUUCGUCGCUUAUUUUAAUGGAUGUUCGAUACACAAUAUAUUUUUGUUAUAUAGGCUAAAUUGAAAAGAGCUAACUGAACUGUAGAGAAUAACCAUGGCGACAGUAACAUGCAGAGUCCAGUACCUGGAAGAUUCGGAUCCUUUCGUAUGCACAAACUUUCCCGAACCAAGAAGACCGCCACCGUACGAUUUCCACGAAAAUAUUGCGUUAAGUGAGCAGAUUGCUGGCGUUCAUAAUUUGUUGGUAGCUCCUUUGAAGUUGGAAGAGUGUGCCCUUCAGCUGGCGCCGAAUGGAAAUUACCUGGACCUGGAGUUAUCCCUGGUGGAGCAGAGGGACGACCUGGAGCAGUUUUAUGAGGAUAUUGGCAAGGGGAAGAAGCCCAUCCUGAUCCUGAGAACCCAGCUGUCUGUUCGUGUUCAUUCCAUUCUAGAAAAGCUGUACAACUCCCAAGGACCAGAACUCAGAAGAUCCCUGUUUUCUUUGAAGCAGCUUUUUCAGGAUGACAAAGACCUGGUGCCGGAGUUUGUAAAUUCCGAAGGGCUCACCUGCUUCAUCAAAGUGGGCUCGGAAGCCGACCACAACUACCAGAAUUACAUCCUGAGAGCUCUCAGCCAGAUCAUGCUGUUUGUGGACGGGAUGAACGGGGUGAUCAACCACAACGAGACCGUGCAGUGGCUCUACACGCUGAGCGGGAGCUUGUCGCGGCUUGUGGUGAAGACGGCGCUCAAGCUGCUGAUCGUGUUCGUGGAGUACACGGAGACCAACGGCCUGCUGCUCAUCCAGGCCAUCAACGCCGUCGACGGCCGGAGGGGGGUGAAGCCUUGGGCCUACCUGACGGACAUCUUGGAGGAGAAAAAUGGGUCAGACAGCGAGCUGCUGGUGUAUACCAUGAUGCUCAUCAACAAGACUCUGGCAGCGCUUCCAGACCAAGAUUCCUUCUAUGACGCCACUGACUGUCUGGAGCAGCAGGGCAUGGAGGGCAUCAUGCAGAAGCACAUGAGCAACAAAGGGACUGAACCAGACCUGAAGCAGCAGUUCACCAUAUAUGAGAAUGCUCUGAAGUACGAGGAUGGAGAACUGGACGUGGCGUCGCCCUACAUCCGGAGAGAGCGCAGGAAGGUCGCGUCAAUCCAGGAGGAGGUGAGGAAGAGCAGGAGGUCGUCCGGGCAAAGCCUCCCUGACGUGUCGCUGACGGCCAGCUCCCCCUCGUCGGAGAGUCCGACUUUGGGAAAGAGGAGCCCCGGACUGGCCCUGACCUCCUCCCCUCAGGUGUUCGAGCCCCCGUCCCCGGAUCCGGCCACGCCCACUUCCAGCUACUCCGACUCUGGGUCUCAGAGAGCCUCCCCCGUCCUGUCGCCGGUGCCCGGCAACGGCGCCACGGCAACCGACCAGGAGCAGAACCUCUCCUCGAGCACGGGGCGCUCUUUCAUCAGUCAUUAUAUGUCUCCUUCGGGAAUUUCUAGAAGGUCGAGGUUGUUUAAGAAGGCGGGGUCAAUAGCCGAAGAUCCUUCGCCAACCUCCAGCAGCUCGUCUCCCACAGACUUCGCUCCCCCAGAGAACCAGUCCCGACCGCUCUCCCAGCAGCAGCAGGAGCAGCAGCAGGAGCAGGAGAAGUCUGAGGAGAAGAGUGUCUUCAAACUGCACCAAACCGACGCCGUUUGCCCAGAGAUGUGUAAUGUAAAUAUGGACAAGCCGGUUCUGAGGAAGUUUGAAGGCACCUUCCUGCGCAACCUGGCCGCCACCCAGUGGGAGAACAGGAAGAGGCGGUCCUACCACAGAGCCCAGUCCGAGGACCGACCGGCCGAGGAGGAGGGUGUCCCCUCGGAACCUAAAGCGCCCUCCCCCACGGAGACUGGUGCUGGCGACGACCCUGAGAAGCAGCCCGUCCCCCAGUGGAGCCGGUUGUCUGGGAAACGGGAGCCCCUCGUUCAGGAAGCAAACCGCGAAGACCCCAGCCCCUCCCCCAGCACCCUGGAGCCGACGGAAGAUGGACAGGCGGCUCAAAAUGAAGCAGGGUCCUCUCCUUCGGCAGGUGGAGGACUGCAGAGGCGGGGCAGCACGACGGAGCAGCACAGGACUCUGUCCAACGACAAGAAGUUCAUGAUGGACAUGCUGUACUCCAAGAACUCGCAGGAGGUCCUUCAGGGCCCGGGGCCGGAGGAGGGCCCGGGGGACGACGGGGCGGAGAGCCCGGGGGACGCCGCGCCCUGGGAGGGGCCGGGCGUGGCGGACCGCCUCUCCAGCCUGCGGGCGCGGCCGGCGGCGCCGCCCGGCGAGGACGGGGCCCUGCGGGCGGAGCUGGAGGGCCUGGGGGGCACGGCGCAGGCGGCCCGCCAGCGGCUGGCCGAGGAGCAGCAGGUUAGCAGGCUGCGCCCGCAGUACAGCAUCGACGCGGAGACCCACUCCCGCAGCCUGGAGAAGACCAUGAUGACGCCGCUGUCCAAGGUCAGCAGCCAGACCUCCUGGGACCGGCUGCCGCCCAGCUCCAGCUCCCUCAAGAUCAAGGACCUGGACUUCUCCGACCUGCUGGAGGAAGAGGACAUCGACGUCCUGGACAUGGACUCCUUUGGCUCGGGCAUGCACAAUGGGGGCGCUAUAUCCCCUCCUCCGCCCAUAGCAGGCCUAGGAGCCUCUCCCCCACCCCCUCCUCCUCUUCCUCCUCCUCCUCCAGGAGGUCCUGGACUGGGUCCUCCUGCUCCUCCUCCUCCUCCUCCUCCUCCCCUACUAUGUGGAGUUCCUCCACCCCCUCCACCUCCACCAGGAAUGGGAAUCCCUCCACCCCUACCCUCCCAGUCCCCUGAUCCAGCUUUCACCAAAAAGAGGAAGACGGUCAAACUGUUCUGGAAGGAGCUCAAACAGCCUGACAGCCCCAGGAAAUGCAAGUUUGGCCGUGGCACGGUUUGGGCAACUCUGGACAAAGUAACCGUGGACACAGCCAAACUGGAGCACCUGUUUGAGUCAAAGGCCAAAGAGCUUCCUGCUGCCAAGAAAGGACCAGAAGUGAAGAAGUCUGAGAUUCAUGUCCUGGAUUCCAAGAGGAGCAAUGCGAUUAACAUCGGGAUGACUGUGUUACCUGCGGUCCACGUCAUUAAAGCUGCCAUCCUCAAUUUCGAUGAAUUUGCCAUUAGCAAAGAAGGCAUUGAGAAAAUCCUGACCAUGACGCCCACUGAGGAGGAGAAGCAGAAGAUCCAGGAGGCGCAGUUGGCCAAUCCGGACGUGCCCCUGGGGACGGCAGAGCAGUUCCUCCUGACCCUGGCCUCCAUUAGCGGCCUGACCGCCAGGCUGCAGCUCUGGGCCUUCAAACUCAACUACGAAACCACGGAGAAGGAGAUUGCUGAGCCUCUGUUUGAUUUGAAGCUGGGAAUGGAACAACUUGCCAAGAACAAGACGUUCAGGCGCGUCCUCGCAACUCUCCUGGCCAUCGGAAACUUCUUGAACGGCACCAAUGCGAAGGGCUUUGAGCUGAGUUACCUGGAGAAGGUGAUUGAGGUGAAGGACACAGUGCACAGGCAGUCUCUUCUGCAUCACGCCUGCAACUUCGUGGUGGAUAAGUACCCGGACACGUCCGACAUCUACUCUGAGAUCCCGGCCAUCACCCGCUCCGCUAAGGUGGAGUUUGAACAGCUGUCAGACAACCUGGUGCAGCUGGAGAGGAGGUGCAAAGCAUCGUGGGAUAGCCUGAAGGUGAUGGCCAAACAUGAGACGAAGGUGCUUCUGAAGAACAAGAUGACGGAGUUUCUGAAGGACUGCACGGAGAGGAUCAUCAUUCUCAAAGUGGUGCACAGGCGUAUCAUCAACAGGUUCCACUCCUUCCUGCUGUUCCUCGGCCAGCCCUCCUACUCCGUGCGGGACACGAAGAUCACCCAGUUUUGCAAGAUCAUCAGCGAGUUCGCUCUGGAGUACCGCACCGCGCGGGAGAGGGUCCUGACGCAGAAGCGCAAACGGGCCGCGCACCGGGAGCGGACCAAGACGCGCGGGAAGCUGAUCACUGAGACGGAGAAGUUCUCUGGUGCCGUGCCACCGCAGCCCCAGGAGAGCACGUCGCCCGUCUCCACGGUAACGGAGCCCGAACCCUCCCAGGAGGAGCACGAGAACAUGAAGAACAUGCUGACCGCCAACACGGACGGCAGCGGCAGCGGCGGCGGCGGCGGCGGCAUCCGGCGCAGCCGGGCCGUCAGAAGUUUAGGCCAAGUCAGCCCAUCCAGUAUGACGCUAGCCAAGGAGGAGAGCCAAAACUCACAGGACGACGCCACGGAUGAAAUCUUAGCCCACUUGGUGAAGUGUGUCGCGCAGAACCCCACUGAGAGACAGUCCAGUCCAAAAACACGCAAACGCUCGCGCCUGAAUAGGAAGUCCUUGCGGAGGACCCUGAAGAGUGGGCUGAGCUCGGACAUGGUGCAGGCCCUGGGACUGAGCAAAGACAGUGAGCAGCUGUGAGCAGAGGCCCAUUUGCACUGAGAAUAGAGGAGUGAUCAGCUGGGGAGAGUCCUCUGGAAAACGGCACCACAGGAACACAGGGAGGAGGAGGAGGAGGGUAAUUGUGUGACAAUUUUGCUUAGGGAAUGGGUACUGAGAAACGCUUCAAGAAGGGCCGAAAAUAACUCUCCAGGUGGACAGCGGACGAACCACAAGUGCUUCAGUCUGACAAAAGGUGCUGGAAGGCAACUGUAAGCAAAAGUGAGCUUCCUCUGGCCCAAGAUGGGGACAGAAGAAGCUGAAUAUCUGAAAGUAUGUUUUGAGUGGCGCAAGCUAGACACAUAUUUUCAGUUCCAAAGUGUAUAGAUGAGUUGAUGUUACAUACUUUUAAGCUAUGAUGUUGAAAGUUUUAAGUGGGAAAAUGUUGUACAGAUGUAAGUAUUUUUGAUUAUAUUGACUUGAUAAUAUUAUGUUUUAAGCAUUCUGGGUUAACUUAUGUUGACAAUUCUUGAAACAGACUGUAGAGAGGAGUCCCCACCACGGUCCAUGUUGGAUUUUGUUCGAAUCGGCACUGGAUUAACUGUUGCUGCAUUAUGAAUUUGGUUGUUACUUUUGGGGUUUUGUUCCUCACCUGAGUUUUUUAUAUGGCUUCAAUCAUCCUCAAAACAUUUAAACCGUUUAGCUGCAAUGUCAGUUAGCGGCACUGUGUAAGCACAUUUAAGAACGAACUGAAAGAGGGGUAUGUCAGAACCUUAACUCACAGUGUUCGGCCAUUUUACGUUGUCCCGUUAAGUUUUGAAGCAAAAUUCAAAUGAAACUAAUCCAAUCGAGGUCACCGUGACCUCCAUCACGCAGUUUCUUUCGAAGAAAGUGCCUUAUUUUAUUUUAUUUCACCUUUAUUUCACCAGGCAAGAAUUAAGAACAAAUUCUUAUUUACAAUGGCGGCCUGGCAAGUGACAAAAGCCACUUAAGGGAAGGGGAGGUGGGCUCACAGUAGGUGCCAUGUGGACUGUUUAAAUUUAAACCUGAAAACACAACAAUUAGUCCCUAAAAUGACAAUGCUGAAUAUGUGUAUUGUGAAGGAAAUUAUACAUCUGUGGUGUGGAUGUUGCUUUUUUGCACUGGGGGGAGUGUUAGGUGUGGUAAUAUUUGUUUAUUGAUAAUUACUUGUAUGUCACAUCAAAUGUACUCCCUUCUUUAAAUUAGUAUUCUUUAUGUGCGAGAUCACUAAAGGUUUGUUUUGCUCUGAAUAUUGUGUUUACAUGAUGAAUGUAUCAGUGUAGAUAUGUUCCAUUGUUAGAAACUCCUCUCUACCACGGUCUUAUGAGGCACAUUAACAGAAGUACUAUUUGUCUGCUGAAUGCUAUUUUACCUUGCUGUAUUUGUUUUAAUCCAUGAGAUGCUGAAGUUUUGCUGUUCAUGUGGAAACUAAUGUAAAAUGUAUACAUGCAAGACCCAUAUGCCUUCAAUGACUGAUGUAUCAGUAAGUAAUAAAAAAAAAUGCAAUGUCUUUCAAAAUAAACAUUUUCACAGAUUUGAAUAA